CUUUUUCUUAGGAAAACCCUUUUGCUUCUGUCUCUGCGUUCUGCCUCGGCAUCACCAAUGGCAACCGCUCGCUCCUCGUUCAGGACCAUCAGUCGAGCCCUCCUCCGGCCCUUCUCCACCAAAGCUACCCACCACAACAACCACCGGCAGACCCACAAGUUCAUGGAGUCGAAUUCCUUCUUGGGGAGCUGGGAGGCCCCCAGGAACCCCAAAGAGGCGGAAAGGAAGCUUGCCCAAUUGAGAAGAGACUACGCCAAGCAGGUCAAAGGGAUCCGCAAGCAAUACAUUCACGAGAUGGAGCUCUUGAAGCUCGAGAAGCUCAGGAAGGAGGAGGCAAGGAAAGAGGCGAUGAGAGCUGCCAAUGAGGAGCGUAAGAAGCUCAAGGCUGAGGCUGCUAAGGUUAGAGCUGAGGAGCGUAAGGUUGCGGAAGAGGAAUUUCGGCGGACCCUGUUGAAAGAAAGAGCUGAGAAGCUUGAGAAUUGGAGGAUGAAGGUUGGAAUACAAGAAGAGAAGAAGAAAGAUAAGAAUGAACUCUUGCGCAGACAAAGUUCCAUGUGGAUCAAUGAAGGCGAAUUGGAUGGGAAAAUCGUGGCCGCCCUGGCUAACACAACUUGUCUCUAGCUUCCUUUCAAGUUUCCCCACACAACUUCUUGCUCUUUCUGGUGCUUCACCUUCAGAAAAUGAAAGUUUCGAAUAUAUUGUCCAAAGGAAUACAUCGUCCAGACAAACAAGAAUUCGUAUUUCGUCGAAAAUUUUAUGAGUAGGAGUAAUUUCAUCCUGAGGUGUUUGAUGGAUCAUGGUUGUCUUCUAAAUCUGUGUUCAUUUAAAUUACUUUUACUAAGAACUGUGCUGAGUCCACAGUUGAAGACUUAGAAGUUGAACUGGUUUUUUCCACCCAUAAACAGGAAUUCUUAGUUGUAAAAUAUUUUUUAGUUGAAAAUUUUGUGAGAAUUAAGAGUCAGUUUAGCCAGAAUGAGGCAUUAGGCCUCUUUUAUGGGUUGUUUGGUGCGGCGGUUUUUUCUAAUUC